AUGGCCAAUAGGACUACCUUAGUUCAGUCAGCCCUUAAGCCUACCUCUUUCCCAGGGAAUGGCAGCACCUCCCACAGGCCAAUCUGCUUCAGAGGCAAAGCAUUCUGCUUCAACGAUUCGAACCCGAGAACCCCCUUAGCCGCUCAACAUAUUUUUGCAACUGAGUCUGAGUGA